AAGGAUCAGAUAUUUGAGUGCGCUUGAGAAAGUUCAAACCUGAUGGCUGUCCAUACUCUAAUCAUCUCUCUUGUUCUUCUCCUACCUGUUCUUCUGUUUCUCCUAAAAAGGAAGGCCAAAGAUAGGAGAGAGCAAAAACAACUUCCUCCAAGCCCUCCUGCACUUCCAAUUCUAGGAAACUUGCACCAGAUUGGUGCAAUACCCCACAGCUCAUUUUGGCAACUCUCUAAGAAAUAUGGCCCCAUCUUACUUCUCCAUCUUGGCCGCAUACCUGUUCUCUUAGUUUCAUCAGCUGAGGCUGCAAGAGAAGUCUUAAAAGUCCAUGAUCUUGCCUGCUGCAGUAGACCCCAGUUAACUGGUAGCAGAAAGCUCACCUACAAUUUUCUAGACAUCGGUUUUUCACCUUACAGCGAGAAUUGGAGAGAGAUGAGGAAGAUAACUGUGCUCGAGUUGUUCAGCCCAAAGCGAGUCCAGUCAUUCCGAUUCAUCAGAGAAGAAGAGGUUGCCUACUUGAUGGACUUGAUCACCCAAUCUGCAGUCUCAGCAGCUCCAGUAGAUCUUGGGGAGAAGAUAUUUUCCCUCACUGGAAGUAUACUGUUCAGAAUGUCCUUUGGAAAGAGUUUACGGGGCAGUAAUUUAGAUCUCAAGAAGUUGGUUCACGAAGUUGAGACUGUGUUGGGAGGCUUCACAGCAAAUGAAUACUUCCCUUACGUGGGUUGGAUCCUUGACAUGAUUACCCGCAUUGAUGCAAAAGUUGAGAAAGUUUUCAAAAAAAUAGAUAGUGUCUUUCAGCAAGUAGUAAACGACCAUCUUAAACCCGGAAGGACCGAAAAACAUCAGGACAUUAUUGAUGUUCUGUUGGCAACACAAAGGGGUCAAACGGAUCAAGAGGAGACAAUUCAGCAAAAGAAAGAUCGCAUCAAAGCAGUACUUUUGAACAUAUUUCUGGGUGGAAUAGACACAACUGCAAUUACUGUGCUCUGGGCCAUGACAGAGCUGGUUAGGAAACCAAGGCUGAUGAAGAAAGCACAAGAUGAAAUCAGAAACUGCGUUGGAAAGAAAGGAAGAGUAACAGAAGAUGACCUUGACCAGCUUCAAUACCUCAAGAUGGUUGUAAAGGAAACUCUGAGAUUGCACCCUCCUGCUCCACUGCUGAUCCCAAGAGAGACCAUGUUCCCUUGCAAAAUAGGCGGUUAUGACAUUAAUCCAAAAACAAUAAUCCAAAUUAAUGUCUGGGCAAUUGCAAGGGAUCCCAAAUACUGGAAGAAUCCAGAAGAAUUCUUCCCUGAAAGGUUUGCUGAUAAUUCUGUUGAUUUAAAAGGGCAGAAUUUUGAGUUUUUGCCAUUUGGAUCUGGUCGAAGAGGUUGUCCUGCCGUUCUUAUGGGGGUAAUUACAACAGAGCUUUUACUCGCAAAUCUACUUUACUGUUUUGAUUGGAAAGUACCAGAUGGGAUGAAAGAGGAAGAUAUAGACAUGGAGGAGGAGGUUGGAGUUAGUCUUACUGUGGGUAAGAAGACGCCUCUUCUCCUUGUGCCAGUCUGUUAUCUUCAAUAGACAUCAGAAGGAACAUGAAUUGAAGAGCAUUUCUAUAAAUCUGCAAUGUGCAGUAAAUAAGCUUCAGUUAUCUAUAUAAUAUCAUAAUCAAUAAUAAUUUGUUUCUUUUAUCUGAAUUUCUUUUCCUGACAUAAAAUUCUAUUGUUGGU